CUCCGCCCACCUGUGCCCAGCAGUGCACCCACCUGUGCCACCCAGCAGUGUCACACAUCUGUGCCCAGACUUUUUGAAGUGCCAUCUACCUGUGCCCAGCAGUGCCACCCACCUGUGCCCACCCACCUGUGCCCACUAGUGCCACCUACGUGUGCCCACCAUUGCAGCCCAGCAGUGCUGCCAGUCAGUGCCACCAGUCAUCAGUGCCACCUAUCAGUGCUGUCUAUCAGUACCCAUCAUCAUUGUCGCCUCUCAGUGCCGCCUAUCCGUGACACCUCAUUAGUGCUGCCUAUCAGUGCCGCCUAUCCGUGA